AUGAAUGUUUCUUCAGACUUGAAUUCGGUUUUCUUCAAUGACACUUCGCGAGCACUCGAUGACGAUGAAAGAGAAGAGUUCAUAGCAAGGAUUUGGGAUACGAAAAAAGAGUACAAUUCUAGAGAGCUCUCAUCCUUUUUCGAUUUCCUUGAGGAUGAACGGAAGACGGCGGCGAAACAAGGGCUCAAGUUAACCUUCGAUGACUUUUUCACCAUUCGAAACAUUCUCUGCAUGCAUUCCGAAAAAAGCUGGACUGAAAUACUUCAAGAGGUCCAAAAUGAGAAUCUUGUAUCCAUUCCAGGGGAAUCUGUCGGGAAAGCCAUCAUACUGAUAAUCCGAUCAUUUCUAUUGAUCAGAACCAAGUUCUGCGAGAGCAACGUAUACGUUUAUCCCGGCGAGCUUGCAAUACUGCAGGACGAAAGCCUCAGUAAGAUAGUGCAGAAUUUCAGAAAUCCUCGAUCAAUUAGAGAUGGAAGCGCCAUGCAACGAUACCCUAGGUGGUUCAACGUAAUUGAUCUGUCGAAGAAGGCCGAAAUGAGAAUCGAGUGGACAGAUUAUAUUACGGACCACUUAACGAUCCAAGGCGGCGUUCUCCUGCUCUUCCGCCAUAGUCAAGCCCUCAAGUAUAUGGAGAAUUCGGCCAUUCUCGACUUCUUUGGGCGGGAUUUUGUCACAGAAACAAGACGAUCAGUCCUCCUUUUCUUUCCGCCAGAUCGCGAAGGACUUCGCCCCAACGGUCUAAACUACUAUCACUGGCUGACUGGAGGUACAAUCCCGAAGUGCUGGCAAUCAGAGCUCCUAAAAGACAGCGGGAGAGGGGAAAUCUCGAGAUUCUCUACCGACUACCCAGUCUGGCACCAGAAGUUAGACUACAUUCUCGAGGUCUCUCAAAGUCAAAGUAACUUGAGUGUCAGCAGGAUAUGGUAUGAUGAUCGAGAUCAGGCUCUGUGGUGGACUCGGUGGGCAUUAAUUACAGCUGUAUUCUUUGCCAUUGUGUUCGGCUUGAUACAAUCGAUCACAGGUAUUAUGCAAGUUACUUAG